AUGAGCUACGGGUCAAAUCUCUUAGCAGAAUAUCCAGCAUCAUACAAUCAAACAGUAUUGCCCAAUAUUGAGUCAAAUACACGUGCAGCUUUUGCAAAUCCCUAUCAAACAGAGAAUUCCUAUCGAAAUAAUGAUCCGAGAUUCAGUCAGGAAAGAGUGACGCAUCAACGACCGUCCGUGUCUCAAAGUUCUUCAAUAGCGAAUUCGCGAAAGCCAGUUCUGCCCAAUCAUCCUGUUCCUUCACUAAAUGAAAUGCCUGAGUAUGAAGAAAGUCUCGGCACAGCAUCAAGCGUGGCUCGUUCAAUUAAUAAAUUUCCUAAUGUUCAACAGAAUCAUCAACUAUAUACAAACAAUACCGAUCCAAAUCCAUCAUCUCAAUCGAAUCAACCUACAUUACAAACGAAAACGCCAAAACAAUCAACAUUACAUACUCAACCUAUUAAAGAUGUAAAUAGAAAGCCGACAACGAAUGGGACUUAUGAGGAUGAAAGAGCAAAUCUAUCGGUGCCUGUUGACGGAUGGGUAAAUGAUGCAAAGAAGAAACCCGUAGCAGACGGCAAAUCAACGAAACAAGCUUUGGCAGUGAAAACUGAACAUACGAGUCCAACCCAAUCUGAUAAAUCCAUACGUUCAAAACCGAUCGAAAACAAAGUCAAUCGAAAUAAAUCGAAAUCAUUCACUCAGCCAAUUAGUCGGGACAAGACCUAUGAAAUUCAAAACGAUCCAUAUUUUGACGAAAUCGACAGUGAAGAUGCGUCUCCACAUCAGCCAACAUCAACUAAACCAUAUCAUCAGCAAAAUCCAACAAAUCCGAAAACAUCUUUGUAUGAACCAUCAUCUUCGAAACGUUUACCAGGCGCCACGACAGCAAAGUCUUGGAAACGACAAGAUCAAACACAAUUUUCAUCGGAUUCACCACAUUUCGAUUUUACUCAAAGUGAAUUAAGUGAUCACGACAAUCUUCACAAGAAUGCAGAUGAACGUUUUCGUGAAGCUCUGCAAAAAUUACGUUCUGAUCGUGCUAAGCAACAAAAAGAAUUAAGUGAAACAACAGCGAAGCGCCUCCAGUACGGUGAUUAUAUUCGCCAUUCAACUCGAGAUGAAUUACUUCAAAGUGUGGUGAAAUCGCCAUCGUCGAACGGUUUUCUCGAAUUGAGAAAAGGCAAUCUGUUAUCGAUCUUCAAAGAAGAAAAAAAAGAACUCUAUGAUCAAUCACGGUCGUAUGCCGAGCGCGUCCGCUAUCGAAAUUAUGAUAAAUGGCAAGAAAAUGAAAUCGCUAAAUCCCUUCAGCAAAACGCUCUUCACAAAGAUGCUUCUCAAGAAACCGAGUCAAGUAAUCUAACUCCUCGUCAAAAAAUGAAAAAUGGUAGAACAAAAUCUAUUGAUCGUUCGCUGCAACGACACCGAUCAGAAAUAACGACACAAACCAAACAAAAAGAUGUUCGCGAUGCUAAUCAAAUAAAAGCAAACGAAAAAGUUCGAAAUGCGCUUCGCACUCGUCGACCGGAUGCCGACUAUGACAAUCUUGCUGAUUUCAAUGCCAAUCGAAAGAAAAUCGAUCCCGAACGAAAAAAGAAAAAAGUGAGCUAUGCAAAAUAUGAUUCCGUUGGACGAGAAACAAGUGGCAUAGAAGAUAAUGACGAUGAUUUUCCUAAUCGAACACCACGGGCAAUGCAUUUAAAACUGCGACAAGUUACCAGCAAUUUAUACACAAACGAAAACAACCGAAGAGAGCACGAGACAUUCUAUUGCGUUGGCAAAAGACACGCAGAAAUGAAUGCACUCGAAUCUGAGUACUCAUUUUUGGCACCAACAUGGAAGUUACCGACUGUUGCAACUCCGUCUAUAUAUUCGCGAACCUAUGGUAGUUCAUUUCUAACGCAUGAACCAACUUACGAUCUAGAUUGGAUCCUCUGGAAAAAUACAUUGUACAAUUCACGACCAAUUCCAUCGUAUCUCCUUUCAUCAAGAUCUAAUUACGAUUAUACCAUGCCAACGAAUCAACAACGACCUACACUUCCUGCUGUUUCUUAUUCCCAAGAAGAAGAACAACAGCAGCCACGAUAUUAUCAAGUACCCGGAGAACGUCCAAAAUUAUCCCAAUCAUUCCAAUAUAAACCACCGAAUGAUAUCUCUCAACAUAAACCCAAUCUCAAUGAAUCUCAAACUUUCGAACCGAAUGGCAAUCGGGAAUUAACAUAUUCCACGCCCGCUCCAAGUAAUCGUACGCAAACAUCAACACAAAAACGCCGUGUACAGAUAACGGAUCGGAAUAAUUAUCAACCUCCAUCCACAGCCAUUAACAAUCAUACAUCUGGGAGAAAUAGUUAUAAUUCUAAUCACAAUCAAACAAAAUCGAAAUCAUCUGGAACGAAUCAAGAGAAUCGUUUUGGCUAUACUGGAAAUAAUUUUAAUAUUCAUGAGUAUCUUUACGGUUUAUCGGCACCUGAUCCAGGUAGCUACGUCGAUGCUUUUCGACAACAUCAACGUCGUUUGCAAGAGGAGAAAUCAACUCGAAGAUACGUUUUGAACGACUACAGAAACUUUGUUCAAAAUGGCGGCUUUGGUCCGAUGUUUGGAAAUACGGACCAUCGAACAUUUACAGAAAAAGUAAACAAACAGGACCGACGAAAAGUCUAUUCAAAAGCUGUUCGAGAAACUAAUCAUAACAAAAUCGAAGCGCAAAGGCAAUCACAAACCGGUUACUCUCAACAACGAAACCCAAUUUCAUCGACGCCACGAUACCAACGGCACGAUGCCACUGAAUCUUACUUUUCGUCUGCACGAGAGGUUGAUACCAAACUAUCCUCUGAACCAUCUAUCAUUUUACCAAUAAUCACACCACUGUCAAACAAUGAGCGUCCGACGAAUUUAAGUGAUUUCUUACCUGCGGAGUUCGAUAUUAAUCAAACAAGACGUGUUUCAUCUUCGAAAACGGUACCACCGCCAAAACGUCGUGUUCGUUUUCAUCCCCAUGAAUUCGUUCGACGUCGGUCAAGUACAUUUACUGAAUUUCCUUCCUCGUUGGAAUCUACGCAGAGACAGAAUGUUGAACAUUUCCAAAAAUCUUCCAGUCUUUCAGCACACACGGAUCGCAAACAAAUAAACAGACAACGAAUGGGCUCAAACACAACGAAUCUAAAUAAGAAUGUGGAACCUCAGCCAUCCUCAAUUCCUCGAACAUCUUCCCGGAAAUUUCAACUCGAAAAUUUCGACUUUAAACUCAAUGUCGCUCCUCAUCGUGUCUAG